AUGGAGUUGCACGGCCCCAGCAUGGCGACAGCCUCCUUCUCGGUCUCCGCGAAGCACAUACUGCUCUCGGAGAUCCUCUCUGUGACGUCUGUAAUGCGCAAGAACUCGCGUUGGGCACUCUCUGCCCCCUCAUUCUCGACUCGCGAUUCUGGCCUUGCAACAAGUCUUGGGCUCAGGGUUUCUAAGUCCCCACUUAGCCCAUACACGUCCGGGCACGGGAGUACGGAGCAGGAGCUCAUGACUGGCUUCCAGGAUCUGAAACGACUGGUGAAGGAAAUCGAGGACAUCCAUUCGCUACCUCUCAGCACCCUCCUUUCCCCCUUCCUGUCUAUCAUCCGCUCUCCACUGUCAACCGGACCCAUCACUUCUGCCGCGUUAACCGCGAUCCACAACUUCUUCGUAUGCGGCCUCUUUUACCCCGACGCGAUCGCGCUUCAGACUGCGCAAGCGGAGCUGAGCAGCGCCCUGUCAAGUUGCAAGUUUGAAGCGAGCGAUUCGUCUGGGGAUGAAGUGGUCUUGCUCAAGAUUAUGACCAUCAUCUCGGACGCAAUGUGCGGGAGCACGGGUCCUACGCUCGGAGACGUGGAGAUUUGCGAAAUGCUGGAGACGGUAUUGACCACGUCGUGUCAAAUGCGUUUAAGCGAAAUCCUCCGGCGUUCUGCGGAGAAUACUCUUCACCAGCUUGUCCGAGUUGCUUUCGCAAGUCUCCACGGUUUGCAUCCCGAAACCGAGGAGAAGAAGCUGUUGGACAAUUUUGACGGAGAAGGUGGUGAGAUGAAGAUGAGCGUAUCGACUGGACCUCAGUCACGAGAACCAGGGCCGAUCCCGGCACCACAGACGGAGAACCGCAUUGAGACCGCCGAGGGUGCACCUGAACCUGAACCUCAGCCCCAACCUCCAACAGAAGUUCAACCUGAAGCUGAUCAGCCCGUGCCUGAGACUCCCAGCAUACCACGCCCGCCAUAUGGCUUGCCUUCCGUUCUGGAGCUUCUGCGUGUACUCAUCAACAUCCUGGAUCCCAACGACCAAGCUCAUACCGACUCGACUCGUCUGACGGCAUUGCGGACAUUGAACGUCGCGCUCGAGGCGGCUGGUGCGCGCAUAUGUGCAUACCCUUCUCUCUCUACCCUCGUUUUGGACCAUGGAUGCAAGUUCCUGUUCCAGCUUGCACGCUCCGAUCAUCCCGUAGUCCUUCAGACUGCGCUGAGGACCAUCGCCACGAUGUUUGAGACUACGAGGCCAAAGCUGAAGCUCCAGCAAGAGCUGUUCCUCGCCUUCACGAUCGACAGACUUGUCCCUCCAGUUCCCCCCGCACCGAAGAACAUGUCGCUUGCUCAGAAGGCGGUCACAAACUCACCACGACCUGGGACACCCGUGCCUGGGACCCCAGGACUUGGACCUCCUUCAGAACCGGAUUCCGACAAGCCCCCGGCCACUCCUCGUCUCAUCGUCGCACCAGCACGAGGCGAUACUCGAGAAUUGCUGCUUGAGACGCUAUGCCAAGUAUCAAGACACUCAAGUUUCAUGGUGGACCUGUAUGUCAAUUAUGACUGUGAUAUGAACUGCGAGAACAUGUUCGAGCGCGUCAUCGACUUUGCUGCUAAGGGCGUGUAUCCAGUUCAGAACGUCGGCGGUCGCGACUACCAACAGCAGAAUGCGCAAUACUUGUCACUCGAUCUAAUUCUUGCAUUUGUUGGUCGCAUGACCACCAGAGCAGAGGGUGCAAGCGAGACAUGGCCAUCUUCCUUCCCUUCCAUCGACCAACUCCAGGAUACGAAGGCAAAGAAGAAACUCAUCUUGACGGGAACCACCCGCUUUAACGCCAAGCCCAAGACCGGUGUGGCCUUCCUAGAAGAACACAAGCUCAUUUACACCGAUCCUGACGAGCCUCGUCCUGUGAGCCUCGCCAGGUUCCUGAAGAGUUCGUCUCGGAUAGACAAACGAUUGCUCGGCGACUUCAUCUCCAGACCUGACAACGUCGACCUACUCAAGGCAUUCCUGAUGCUGAUGGACUUCCAAGGGAGACCAGUGUCGGAAGCUUUGCGCGAGAUGCUGGAGACUUUCCGCCUUCCAGGAGAGUCGCAGCAAAUCAACCGCAUCACGGAAACCUUUGCGGAGGUUUACUUCGCAACUCAGCCAGACGAGAUUAAGUCACAAGAUGCUGUAUAUGUGCUUGCAUACUCGAUCAUCAUGCUCAACACCGACCAGCACAGUCCGCAGAUCCGAAAACGCAUGACUCUGGAAGAUUACACGAGAAACCUUAAGGGUGUUAACGAGGGCACCGAUUUCUCACCAGAGUUCUUGUACAACACAUAUGAGUCCAUUCGCAGGAAUGAGAUUAUCAUGCCAGAAGAGCAUACUGGUCAGCUAGGCUUCGAGUAUGCUUGGAAAGAGCUGUUAGCUCGGACGCGACAGGCUGGCGAUUUCCUCUCAUGCAACACUGCCAUGUUCGACGCCGACAUGUUCAAGUCCGUAUGGCGCUCGGUAGUGUCCGCAAUUGCCUAUGCGUUCAUCACUUUCGAUGACGACUACGUCAUUGAGCGGGCCAUUGCUGGAUUCCGCCAGUGCGCUACACUCGCGCGUCACUUUGACAUGCCCGACGUCUUCGACUACAUCGUGGCAUCGUUGUCGCAAGCGACCUCAUUGCUUUCGGAAACUCAGUACUCGCAGGUGCCGAACUACCCAGUGGUCGAUGUGGACGGGCAAUCGAUCACUGUGUCCUCACUUUCCGUCAAGUUCGGGACCAAUUUCAAGGGACAGCUUGCAGCCGUGGUACUCUUCAACAUUGUCAACGGCAAUGCGAACGCUUUGCGAGAAGCCUGGACCCAGAUAUUCGAGAUGUUCCAGACCCUCUUCCUCCACUCCUUGCUCCCUACCCGAAUGCUCCAAAUGGAAGAUUUCCUGGGUGGCGCGUCAAUCAUCCCGUUGCGUCGCGCGCAACCGGCUCGGACGGCGCCGAGAUCAGACGGUUUGCUUUCCGCACUGUCUUCGUAUCUCAUGACGCCGUAUGCCUCGAGUGCAGACGCUCUGGUUCCAGAUGCGACUGAUACAGAUGUUGAGAACACUCUCUGCACCAUUGACUGUCUCUCGACAUGUCGUCUUGACGAACUGUACUCGCAGAUUAUGCAACUCGCGCCAGAUGCCUUGAUCGCUGCAGUACGCGCUCUGGAAGCUCUUGCCCACGAACGUACGGUCGCGAAGCUCAAGUUGGAGUCGGAUGACAUUGCCGCAGCAGCCGCUCACGAGGAACCGACCCUUCCAUAUGACCCUGCAUGCGUUUUCCUUCUUGAAGUCAUGGUCAGCAUAGCACAGCAAACAUCGCAGUACAUCGAAGAGAUCUGGCCGAUCGUUUUCGAGCAUCUGUCUGCUUUGUUAUCAAUACCAACGCAGUACAGCGUCCUGCUGAUCGAACGUGCGGUGGUAGCGCUCCUCCGGCUGUGCCUCGUCCUCGCGCGGAAGCACGCUCUUCGUGAUCAAAUCUACCUCUCGUUCGAUCUUCUGGCACGCCUUCCUCCAAACGUCACCAAUGCUGUGGCCGAACAAAUUGUGGCAGGAUUAACCUUGAUCCUAGAGCAAAACCGAGACAUCGUUCGUUCACAAACGGAGUGGAAUGUCGUGUUCGCAUUGUUGCGGUCGACCAUUUCUCAUCCCGAAGCGUCGCGCCAGUCGUUCGAGAUUCUGAGCGGACUUGUCUCCGACAGCAAUGACGCUCUUGUAACGAUCGACAACUUCGUUGGACUCGUCAAUGCGCUGGAUGACUUUGCGACUGCUGCUGGCGUCGCUGUAGAUGCGCAGCAGCAAGGGAGGCGAACGCAGUCGUUGACCCCCGCUAAUUCUCCGAUUGUGGAGCGCGGCCGGAGGGCAGUGGACAUGAUUGCGGAUUUGAAGAAGUAUUGGGCGCGUUUCACGGACGCUUCAGGUAUUCAAAAGGCACAAAUUUGGCGACAAUGCAGCCUACCCUUCCUCGUUUCCCUGUCUCACCAAAGCUCCAACACAUCCCGCGAUAUUCGACACACAGCAAUCGUGCACCUCCAGCGCAUCCUCCUAGGCCCGCACCUUCCGCUCACGGAGAACAACCACGCGCAGAUAGAGGAGAUCUUCAACCGCACCGUCUUCCCGCUCCUCGACGACCUCCUCAAGCCGCAGGUGUUCAUGCGCGACCCGCUCGGUAUGCCCGAGACGCGCCUCCGCGCCUCCGCGCUGCUCUGCAAGGCGUUCAUGCAGUUCGAGGCGCGCGAGGGUCAGACCGCCGACAUUCGCGUCCUCUGGAUCCAGGUCCUCGACCUCCUCGACAGGCUAAUGCACGUUGACCGUCGUGACCAGCUGUACGAGGCCGUGCCUGAGUCCCUCAAGAACGUGCUGCUCGUCAUGAACGCCACAGGCCUCCUCGUGCCACCUCCGAGCGGUGCAGAUGACCACCGUGCGGAACGCCAGGUUGCACUGUGGGCGGCAACGCACGAGCGUAUCGAGCGUUUCCUGCCCGGCUUCCUCGACGAGGUGGUCCCCGCGCCCCCGCCGAAGUCUGCGCCUCCGCCUCCGCCACAGCUUGCCGAGUGA